AAGAUGGCGGCUCUUCUUGACGGAUUGAUGUCAAGAAGAUUUUUUCUUAUGUUGUUCAUAUUUUCAAGAUGUUCGAUCGUUUACGGCUGGGAUUCUAUAGAUCUGGAGUUAUUCGACCUUGUAGAAGAAAUCAAAGAUAAUUUUUAUGAUAUACUUGGGCUAAAACAGGAUGCAAGCCAAGCAGACAUCAGAAGGGCAUAUCGUAAACUUUCUCUUCAAUUACACCCUGAUAAGAACAAAGAAGCUGAUGCUGAGGUUAAAUUCAGGCAGCUUGUUGCAGUAUCAGAGGUUCUGAAAGAUGAAGAGAAACGAAAAAGAUAUGAUGGCAUUCUUCGUGAUGGCCUGCCUGACUGGCGACAGCCUGUAUUUUACUACCGGAGUGUGCGCAAAAUGGGACUCAUAGAGUUCACAAUCCUUCUCUUUUUGAUAUUAACCAUUGGACACUAUAUCGUGGCUUGGUCUAUUUAUUUGGAGAAAAAACUUGAACUGGAAGAACUCUUGUUUUCCAAGAAAAAACGAGAGGACAAGAAACGGAACAAAAAGCUCAAAUCCAAAUUGAAUGAUGAAGACAUUCCUGAUCUCGCAGACAUGAUGGUACAAGAGGUUGGUGUGUUAAAACCCACAAUGUGGGAUCUGCUGCCAUUUAAAAUGACGCUCUGGCUGAUUGAGUUCUUUAAAUCACUGCCUGAGCAAUAUCAGGCUCUGGUGGAAUACUUGGAAGAAAGAAGGAAGCAAAAAGUUGAGGAAGAAGAGGAUGAAGAUGACGAUGAUGAUGAAUUGGAAGAAAAACCAUCAAGACCACGAAGAAGGCAGAGAGUAAAUAUACCGCAGGAAGAUACAGAAGACACCAGCUGGGAGGGAGCUCCUGUUACGAAUUUGAUGAAAAUGUCCACAGAUAACAGCGAGCAAUCUACUGUAACAGAGAAGUCAGGUGAAUGGACAGAUCAGGAGCAGUCCCUCUUAACCCGUGCCAUGGUAAAAUUUCCCGGGGGGACACCAAACCGCUGGGAGAAAAUUGCUGUUGAGAUUGGGAGAUCAGUUGAAGAGGUUACAAAACAAAUGAAAAAGUUAAAGCAAUCCUAUGGAGCUCCCAUUCAUUCAUCAAACGCAGGCGAAGGUGACUUAAAUAGGUUAAUCAUAAAUAAGAAAAAGGCAAUAGUAAGCGAUGAAUGCUUGGAGCAAACUGACGAAUGCUACAACUUUGGAAGCAACUCGAAUCAUCACCGCAACAAAUCAUCGAGAAGUCAACAGGCGACAAAGAAUGCUGCCGAUCGGCCCGUAAGCCAAGUAUCCGUACCGUCCGUGGUGCGUGACAGGACUUCGGAGCAAUCGGAUAGCGUCACUAAGAAAAACGUGACAGAUGAUGAUAGUACUGUUUGGAGUCAAAAUCAGCAGAAACAGUUAGAGAUUGCGUUGCAACAGUUUCCGAAGACUGUGGCAGAAAGAUGGACUUGUAUUGCUCAGGCAGUGCCUGGUAAGACUAAGGAGGAAUGUAUUUUGCGGUACAAAUUUCUCGUGGAAUGCGUUCGGAAGAAAAAGCUAGCCGGGCAGCAACAAUAAAUGGAAAUAACUCCCUUAUCUUGUGAAAUUAUUAUUUUUCCAUUAACUUAUCAUAUGUAAAGGGAAUUCAAUAAAAUAUAUCACUAUUAAAUCA